AUGUCCGCAAAGCCUUCGACCCCGGACAACAAGACGGCAAUCUCUGUGUCACACCACUUGAAGAACUUGAAACAGCAGUUCAAAGAUAGACAGCUGAUCAACCUCCUGAUCGACCUUGUACGUGCAAACGACCAUGACUCGCUCGCAUACAUCGCAAGGACCUCGGGCAUCCCGCCGCAAUUGAGACACGUCGUGUGGCCCGUCUUGCUCAAGUACCACCCUAUGUGCAUCUCUCCAAAUAUCAUGUCCAACACAAUCAAUUGGGACCCACAGACACGCUCGUACCACUUCAACGAGUCCAACACGGCAAAUAACAGUAACAGUAACGGGAUGUCGCCAGUGCAGAGCACCACUGUUUUGCAUACAAUAAAGUCCGACUCUAAAGCACCCACUUCCGAGCAGGAUAAGAUAAAUAGCGGCGCGGACGAUGCGUACUUGGACAGAAUAAUCUCGCACGACCUGAGGAGGUACUUCCACUCGAGGAGCAGCAACCACACUCCGCCAACCUCUGCGGACUCUACAGCCCCAGCAGUAGAACAAGAAAUCGUCUCCAUCUUGAAGUUUGCUAUAUUCAACUUCGUCAACAAAUGGUCCAAGAUCUUCAAAUACGAGAGCGGACUCGCAUGGAUAGCUCUAGGGUUGGCAGAAUGGUUCCCACCUUCGUCCUGUGUGGCAGAACCGGUCGUGCUCACAGGAAGAAGACACUCCAAGGACGCGCCAAAGGAAAAAAACAGUCCCGAUCUCAACAUCAAUAACUUAUACCAGGAGUACCCGCUUCCCUCACUGCUUCGAUCGAAAUUGCCCAAGGAGUAUGCGUUCCAGUUUGCAGACCUAUAUGAAAGGCUACUUCUAGUCAUACUCCAUUGUCCGGACACGGUACGGGCAAGAGACCAAAUCAACAGAGAAUUCCCGUCGAAAUCAGAACAUAUGACCAACUAUUUCCCGAUCCUAUCCGGCGGAGAUCUACAGUUCCAAUCGACCAUUUUUUUCAAAGCAUUCGCCUCCAUCCUACCGGAACUGUACCAACCGCUAAUGGAGGAAUCUAACCUACAGACGAACACUUCAAGACUUACUUGGCUGUACUGGUGGCUGAAAUUUUCCGGUGCAAGAGCUCUUCAAAGACAGGACAGGGGACGACUCUGGGAUAUCUUGCUAGGGUGGAGACCCAAACCUAACAUGAACAGCAUAAACUUCUUUUUGAAUUAUAACAGCAAAUUAUUCGACCAUUUGUACCAUGAGGUACCCCCAGGGUUCCGUUCCCCUACAAACACCAAAAAUUCAGAGUACUUGAAGAGUCUCAACAAAUUGGACCCCUUCUGGUUCCCAGACUUGGACCUGUUCACUCUGGGGGACAGAGAUUUCCCCUUCGAUUACAACGUUCUAAGGGAAAUUUUGACCAAGAACAAGUACGACCAACAAUGUUCCGACACAGUUGACAACAAAAGGGGCUCCGAGGUGGAGACCAAGGAGAGCCCACUCACAUACUCCACAAUCGACCCGCACAUCCAGCUGGUCUUCAUCUACGUCGCAAUCUUGCAGUACAACGAGUUCAAAUUGCUAGAAUUCGAGGAGACCGAGAUCUCAGAGUUUUUGAACAACGUCCCCAUGUUGUCCAAGACAGACGACAAGAAUUACAAAAAACUGUACGUGGAGAUCGAUUACAAUGCAGUAAACAAGAAACACAACGCGAGCAACUUCCGGUCACAUAAAGCAUACUCCAUCUCAGAGACCUCCUCCACCUCAUCGCUGUCAUCCGGGUCCUCCGCAAACAACGCUGCGGCAAAUCCGAACGAACCUGCAAGUAAGCGGCACAUGCUGAUCGAGCUGGGGAACGACGCAAAGGCGUCGCACUCGUUCAACGAUCUGCUGAACAGCGCGGGCGAUAUCUGGCGGAAAUGGCUGUGGAAGGAACUAGAAGAGAAUGUCAACAGCGAGUAA